AAAUGGUCUACCUGCUACUGUGUGUUGGACACAGAAAAAGGUUUUGGUGAGUGGGACUGCUUUAUUUUGGUAAUAAAGACCAUCAAUCUUUACAGGUUUCCUUUUCCUCUGACAUUGCCGGCAUCAGCAGCAGGAGUAAGAAGUCCAGGCUGUGGAGUUCCAUCCUCAAGAUGAUCCCUCAGAUGGCACUGUGCAAAUUCUUUCCUCUGGUUCUAGUCGGGGUUGUGGUGUUUGCUGUGAGUGGGAUCAUUGGAGACCCUCUGUACGAGUGCCUCCAAGACACUGACUACAGUGAGCUUCUCGACAUUGUGGACAAAGGUCUUCCUGCCACUAAGACCCCUCAUCACGUAGCGAUCAUAGGCGGGGGCAUCGCUGGACUGACCGCUGCAAAGUUUUUAGAAGAUGCCGGACACAAGGUCACCAUAAUAGAAGCCAGUAACCGUAUUGGAGGACGUGUGGAGACCUUCAGGAACAGAAAAGAAGGCUGGUACGCAGAGGUGGGCGCCAUGAGGAUCCCUAGCUUUCAUAAGAUUCUUCUUUCCUUUGCCUCCAAAUUACACAUUUCCCUAAACCACUUCAUCCAAGAUGACAUCAACACCUACUACUUGGUAAAUGGAGCGCUACAGAAAACCUAUGCCGUGGAAAACAAUCCUGGCGUGCUCAACUACAACUUGACUGAAAGAGAGAGAGGGAGGUCAGCUGCUGAACUCUUCAGCCAAGCACUCUGGAAGGUGAGGGAUGACCUUAAGACAAUCGGCUGCAGUGCCAUGUUGGAUAAAUAUGAUUCCUACACAGUGAAGGAGUAUCUGGUGAAGGAGGGCAACCUGAGUCGUGGUGCCUUGAGGAUGAUCGGGGACAUCCUGAAUGAAAACAGCCUCUUCUACACAUCACUGAUAGAGAUGCUGUACAUACAGUCAGACAUCAAUGACAACACUGAGUACUUUGAAGUGACUGAUGGCUUUGACCACCUCCCAAUGGCUUUCUACCAGGUGUUGAAUGCCACCAUCCUCCUCAACUCCAAGGUCAAGCUAAUCAAUCAAACAGGCGGCAGCAAUGUGACCGUCACAUACCAGGACAUGCGUAAUUCAGGCUCCAUGACCAACCUCACAGUGGACUACGCCCUGGUUACGGCCACAGCCAAGGCCACCCUCUUUAUUGACUUCCAGCCCCCUCUCUCUGGGGACAAGAUGGAGGCUCUGCGCUCAGUUCAUUACGCCAGCUCCACCAAGGUGGUGCUCAGCUUCAGGGAGCGGUUCUGGGAGAAAGAGGGCAUUAGAGGAGGGAAGAGCAUCACAGACCGGCCCUCUCGCUUCAUCUACUACCCCAGCCACAGCUUCCAUGGUACAUCUGCAGGGGCACUCCUGGCGUCUUACACCUGCUCCGACGAUUCCACCCUCUUUCAAGGGAUGGGCGAGGAGGAGCUUAUGGCUGUGGUCCUGGAAGACUUGGUCAAAAUCCACGGAGAGGACAUCAGGCAUCUGUGGACAGGGGGGCUAGUGAAGAAGUGGGGCUUGGAUCCAUACAGUCUGGGAGCUUUCGCUCUGUUCACACCCUACCAGCAGGGACACUACUCCAGAGAACUGUUCCAGAGUGAGGGACGGGUACACUUUGCAGGAGAACACACAGCUACACCGCAUGGGUGGAUUGAAACUGCCAUGAAAUCUGCACUCAGGGCAGCCAAAAGUAUUAACAGUCUUACUGUUUAGUUUUAUGUGUAGAAAAUAUUUUCCCUUGUGCUCAAUCUUGUAUGUUGGUUAACAGACAGUAUAUCUUGUGAAACUAGUCAUAAUCAGUGUUAACCCCUCUGUUAAUGAUGUAUAUCUGUGUUAUGUACAUAUUGAUUUAAGUUUGAUAUAUGAUCAGCACUACAGCAAAUCCUAACAUUUCAGAAGCUGGAGCCAGCAAAUGCUUGAAAAGUGACUUGAUUAAAUAGUUGCUGAUUAGUUUUUUUUGUCGGUCAACCAGUUGAUUCAUAGUGUAAUCAAUUCAGAUCUACACAGACUACUUGUUAGAAUAAUAAAUUGUAUACAAGCAGCAUGACAAAAUAUCAGCAUUUGUUUGAAGAAACCUUGAUGAAUGAUUUCUAAACCAGCAUUUUUCAAGUCAUGUGUUUCAUUUUUGUAUUUUCAUUUCACUUAAUAAUUUCACUUAAUUUUAAAUAACUUAUUUAUUAUUUUAGGUUGAACAAGAAAGUAAAAUACCUGAAUAAAGUAUUUGCUUUACAUUGAAUUUUUUAAAUUGAGAU